AUGAGUUGUUUAAGUUGGAACUGCCGUGGGCUUAGAAACCCAUUGGCAGUUCAGUCUUUAUUGGGCUUAGUGCAGCAACAUAAGCCUGAUAUCUUGUUUCUGAUGGAGACUAUGUGUACUAGUAGACAAGUGGAGGGGGUUCGGGUCAAACUAAAAUACGAGAGUUGUUUUGUCGUUGAUGCUAUUGGUCGAAGUGGAGGUUUAGCUCUACUUUGGAAUGGUGGUUUAAGUGUGGAGGUAGUUGGAUAUUCGAACCAUUAUAUUGAUGCGAAGGUGGGCGGAGGUGUUUUCUCUCCAGAGUGGCGGCUCACGGGCUAUUACUGCCACCCUGACCGGAAUCGACGUCGUGAUUCUUGGGCGUUACUCAGGUAUUUGUCUUCUCUUUCUGCUCAGCCUUGGGCCUUAGUGGGAGAUUUCAAUGACCUUCUUUGGGAUUAUGAAAAAAGAGGCCGAGUUCCACACCCUCCUUGGCUUCUUAGGGGUUUCCGGGAAGCAGUGCGAGAGAGUGGCCUUGAGAAUUUCGAUUUUGGGGGUUUUCAAUUCACUUGGGAAAGGGGUAGGGGAACUGAAAAUUGGGUACAAGAAAAGUUGGAUCGAAUUUUAGUUUCAGGGGAGUGGCGUGAUGUUUUCCCGAGUGUGAAGGGGGUGGCUCUUGAAGGGGGUAGUAGUGAUCAUUUGCCAUUAUUAUUAAUCACAAAUAGGUUUUGUGGUGUGAGGAAGCGACGCCGGCCGAGGUUUGAGAAUGCCUGGGGGAAGAAUCUUGAGUGUAGGGGUGUUGUUGAGGAGGCGUGGUUUGAUUCUCAGGGUAGGGAUUUCGUGGAGCGGCUGGAGGAUUGUGGGCGGAGGGUGUGGAAUUGGGGAAAAAGGGUGGGGCAGAUGGAGGUGGAGGAUUUAAAACAAUGCAAAUUACGUAUGGGCUUAUUGAGGGGAAAGAGGGAGGUGGAGGCAGUACGUCAGUUUGGGCAAGCACAGGGGCGGUAUUUAACUAUUCUACAGAACCAAACUGAUAGAUGGAAGCAGCGUGCAAAGGAAUUAUGGUACACUUGCGGUGACCAGAAUUCUCGCUACUUCCAUAUGUCAGUCAAUCGAAGGCAUCGUCGUAAUUCCAUCCGCUGCUUGCAAAAUUUCGAAGGUGUACUGGUGUCGGAUGAGGGUCAAAUGGGAGCUGUAAUGACGAAGUAUUUCACAACUUUAUUCACUUCCGAAGAAGGGUGUGCUGGGCCGGUGUUGGAGUGCCGUGAUAGUCGAAUCACUGAUGAACAGAAUGCAAUUCUGCUUCGACCAAUUCUACCAGAGGAAGUGAAGGGGGCUCUUUUUUCCAUGCACCCGGAUAAAUCUCCAGGCCCUGAUGGAUUAUCUCCAGCCUUUUAUCAAUUGCAUUGGGAUAUUCUGGGAGAAGAGGUAGUUUCCUUUUGCCAAGCUUUUCUUUUGACUAGUCAUUUGCCUUCUCGUGUUAAUGAUACGCAUAUUGUCUUUAUUCCCAAAAAAAAAUUCCCUGUUUUGAUGUCUAAGUUCCGUCCUAUAUCUUUGUGUAAUGUGAUUUAUCGCAUUUUAGCUAAAGUCUUGGCAAAUAGGAUGAGAGUUUUACUGAAUUCUAUUAUUUCGAAUGCCCAAAGUGCUUUUAUUCCGGGUAGAUCCAUUGUUGAUAAUGUGCUUAUUGCGUUUGAGUCUGCCCAUACUUUGAAUAGGCAUAGAGGGAGUCGGGGAGGUUUUGGUGCUCUUAAAGUUGAUAUGAGUAAAGCGUAUGACAGGGUCGAAUGGGGCUUUUUGGGUAAGGUCAUGUUGGGAAUGGGUUUCAGUGAGCGUUGGGUGGAUUUGAUGAGAGAAUGUAUUACUACGGUACAUUAUAGGGUUUUGGUGGAAGGUAAAGAGUGGGGCCCUAUUAUUCCGGGUAGGGGCUUACGUCAAGGGGAUCCUCUAUCUCCAUGUUUGUUUCUUCUUGUGGCCGAAUGUUUGAGUGCUAUGUUAAGCAUCCAAGAACGGGAGGGGUCUUUGCAUGGGUUGAGGGUUGCUAGGAGGGCUCCUGCGGUGUCUCAUUUGUUCUUUGCUGACGACUGUUUGUUCUUUUUUCGGGCAAAUAGUCUUGAGGCGGGUGUCAUUCGUGCGGUGUUGAGGGAGUAUGGUGAGGCGAGUGGUCAGAAAGUGAAUUUUGAUAAAACCAGUAUUGUGUUUGGUAGGAAUGUGGAAAGGGAGGAUAAGGAGGCUGUUUGUGAAAUCUUGGGGGUUCAUCAACAGCAGGGGCGGGGCAAGUAUUUAGGCCUUCCGGGGUAUGUGGGUCGUAGGAAGAAGGAGAUUCUGGGUUUUGUGCGUGAUAGGGUUCGGUCACGGAUAAAUAAUUGGGGGAAUAGAUUUCUAUCUCGGGCCGGGAGAGAGGUUUUAUUGAAAACGGUGAUUCAAAGCCUCCCAAAUUAUGCUAUGAAUGUUUUCCUACUUCCUCAAGGUUUGUGUGAUGAGAUUGAGCGGGUCAUGAACUCUUUCUGGUGGGGUUGUGAGAACCGGGGAGGGAGAGGGAUCCGUUGGAGUACAUGGGGAGACUUAUGUAAACCUAAACCUUUUGGGGGGAUGGGUUUUCGUAAAGUGAGGGAGAUGAAUGUGGCUAUGUUAGGGAAACAGGGAUGGAAGUUUCUAACGAAUCCAACCUCUUUAGUCACUCAGGUUUUUAAAGCCCGGUAUUUUCAGAAUUGUUCUUUCCUUGAGGCGGGACCGGGGUCAAAUCCAUCCUUUGUAUGGUCGAGUAUUCGUGCUUCUCAAGGGGUUCUGCGAGAGGGUGGGCGGUGGUGGGUUGGAAAUGGUCAAAAGGUGAGAGUGUGGGGAGAUCCGUGGCUACCUGCUGUUGAUAAUCCUUACGUUAUAACCCCAGAACCUGCUUAUUUGAAUUGUCCUACUGUUAACUCUUUGUUCUGUCCUAUGUCAAACACAUGGGAUUGGGAGCUUCUCCGGAAUAUUUUUUGCCAACGGGAUAUAGAUCAGAUUAUGAGUAUCCCUGCCCCUUGUGUGCGAACUCAGGAUUCUAUUUUUUGGGGAGGGAGUGAGAAUGGGAUUUAUACUGUUAAGAGUGCCUAUAAGAUUGCAACCGGAAUUAUUCGAACAGGGACUGAGAUGAGUUGGGCUGGGAUAUGGAAGUUAAAUCUGCCACCCAAGGUUAAAUGUUUUUUCUGGGCUUUGUGUGCUAUGUAUCUCCCUACAAAAGAUGCUUUGCUGUUAAAACGUGUGGAUUGUGAUCAAUUAUGUUUAUUAUGUGGGAUGGCUAAUGAAAAUGCUACUCAUAUUUUUGCUAAUUGCUCUUUUGCGCGUGAUUGUUGGCGGGUUUUGGAUGAUGCUUGGCAGCUAUCCUAUGUGGCUUCCUUGGCUUCUUGGCUUGACGAAAUGAUGGAGGUCCUUCCUGUUCAUAUGCUUGAGAAGGUUGUAAUGAAUCUGAAUGCUACUGUGAAUGUUCCUACCGCCAGUCAUGAGCAACGUGAUAGCUGUUGGCAGCCACCCCCUUCUGGAUUUUAUAAGAUGAACAUCGAUGUUGCCAUGGAUAAAAAUCGGAGAUGUAUGGGCUUUGGUUCGGUUAUUCGCGAUGACUUUGGUGCAAUCGUCGGGGUUCUUAUGUCGCGAAUUAAUGGACUAUAUUCUGUCAAAGAGGCUGAAGCUAUGGGAGCUCGGGAGGCCCUUAGUUGGAUAAAGAAAAAGGGAUGGACGCGAGUGAUUCUUGAAACCGAUGCACAAGUGGUAACUCAAGCUGUUUACAAUGGUGAUUUCCUUACCCCGUUUGGGGCCAUUGUUCAUGAGAUUCGUGCUUUUUUGAGUGAGCUACCUUAUGUUCAAUUUCUUUUUUGCGAGACAUAG